AUGAGCUGGAAGGCUUCUCUUCACCGGCACUUGGGUCCUGACGUUGGCUUGGGAAUCCCUGCAGGUCAAGAAUGCAGCUCCAUGCAGGCUCUUCCAGGGCACUUCUUAUCGAGAAACGCAACGCCAGCGCGUUUCUGUGCCCGAAAGUUGCCCCUCCUCUGCCCCUCGUUCUCCCUCGCCAACGUCAACGAUUCGGGUUGGUACCACGACAGCCAGAGAGCAAUGGAAAUAUCUGAAGAAGCCAACCAGCAGAAUCAUUUGGUUACCUACGGCCAACAGAUUGAGCCACCUCAUAUGGAUGCAUGGUCAAUCAGCCAUGACGCAUCUGGGGGAGAGCAUAACCCCAGCAUUCAUCACCUCGAGAGUCGAGAACGGCAGUGA